AUGGUGCUGGGCCAUGUGCGGGGUGUGUAUGUGGUUAGUGUGUCUGCUCAGAACUUCUCUCUGCGUUGGGAGCAGUCAGAGGGCUGUGUGGACCAGUACCUCGUCAGCCUGCUGCCCAACCAAGGAACUGUCUCUGUCUACCACACACACGAUGGACGCGUACAGGCUGAUGUUUCCAGUCUGAGUCCUCGAACAGUGUUUACGGUCAUGGUGACCGCCGCCUCCUCCUCCAACCUCAGCCCUCCGGUCAGCCGCAUAAUCAACACCAACGAGACCGCCCCAACAUCCCCUCCCACCAAUCUAGAGGGGGAGCGGGUGGGCUCCAAUGGGAUCCUUCUAUCUUGGACCAUGCCCUCUGACUCCCGCAUCGACGGUUAUGUCAUCAGGUACAAGGAGGUGUGUCCGUAUCCAGACACCACCUUCAAAGAGGUGACCAAACACCUGGACAUCCCUGAGACCCUUCUCAACCUCUUUUUACCAGGGUCUACCUAUAACAUCAAGGUUGCAGCAGAAAACUCUGCUGGUAUUGGACCCUAUAGCAAGUCUCUGUACAUCAAAACUGCUGAGGCUCGUAGGUAUCCACUAAUAACAUACGAACACACACACACACACUUACACACACAGACAACUGUAUCCCUUUGUCAGCCCCAGCUGGUGACUAACCUGACAGCGUUUGCUGAGAACCACACGUUUGUAGUGGUCACGUGGCUCCUGCCACUCCGCAUCAACGGUCUGAUCACCAAGUUUGCGGUCAAAGCCAAACACGCUCGUACUGGUCAGACCGUCCGCAUACUAGAGCUGGAUGCUGAGGACAUCAUGACCGGAGCGCUACCACACUGUAAUGAUGCAGCAGACAUCCUGUCCCGUGGGACCCCCAGUCCGUCAGAGGUGACAGCUCUGACAGCGUCCUCUCCUCCCGUCACCCUGUCAGCCGUCCCGCCCGCCGCCACCUGGGCCGUACCAAUAUCCGUAGGGGUGGACCAGCUUCGCCCCUACACAGCAUACGUCUUCGAAGUGUCUGCUUUCACCUCCGACGGAGAGGGACAGGUCGCCUCCACCAUGGUCCGCAUGCCUGAGUCAGCCCCAGAGGACCCUCCCCACAACCUGUUGGUAUGGAACAUGACAUCUAAGUCAGUCUCUGUCUCCUGGGAUCCUCCAACCGUCGUUACCGGACGCUUCAGCUACGUUAUCUAUCUCUACGGCCCCACAGGGUUUAUCUAUGAGAACAGCACAGGGGACCUGAGGUUUGUGUACUCUGGUCUGACACCCUACACACGCUACAGAGUGGAGGUCCGGGCCAAGUCUGCUGGCCUGCUGGGGCCUGAGGCAUUUACUGCUGUACUGACAUCUGCUGAGGCCCCCAGUGCGGUGCAGGCUCUACAGGCAGUAGCAGUAGACUCUGUGUCUGUGCGUGUGAGUUGGAGAAGCCCUGCCCAGCCCAACGGUCUGAUCACACAGUACAGACUCCUGGUUCUGUCUGACAACACACUGCUGCAGGACAUCACCCUCACCGGAACACAGGAUCUAAAUGACACUGAUCUCCUUGGUGAUGGAACGUUCGCGCCAGUUAUCCCUGAUGACUCUCUCCGGCGUAAGAGAUCAGCUGACAGCCUGACCACCUCCCCGCCUGCAUUCACGGUCACCCUCCCCGACCACACACUCAACACCGGCAUGACCAGGACUGCAACCAGUCGCACACACAGCACUCCAACCAGCCCUAACACUAACCUUGACCACAACAGCAACACUGACCCCACAGUCACUGAGGGCUCCAGUCUGACCAGUAUGGCCACUGGGACUGGGACUGGGACUGACCAGACCUCUGACUUGCCAGACUCUACCCGUCUGAUCUUUGGCCCUGUGACCUCAGGGACCUCUGCCCUCUCCCUAACCUCCUCACCCCCGGCCACACCCCUCCCCUGGCUCACUGCCCACUCACAGCCCAGCCAGCUCACCUCUGGCCAGCCACACCUCUCCACCCGCUCUGCACCUGCAGCCACUGGACACCUCCAGACACUCCAAACAUACCUCUUCACCAGGGCUGCAGCCUCCAGCACCCCAGGAAGUACUGCACUCACCACCAACCUUUAUGUGUAUUUGAGGGAGAAGGUGAUAGACAUGCAGGCUGAGGAGCUGUUUUACCUAGUCUCUGGUCUCAGUCCCUUCACUGAAUACACCUUCACUGUUACCGCGGCUACUGCUAUUGGAGAUGGACCUGCCACACACGUCACUGAGAAGACCCGCGAGCAGGUUCCUAGCUCAGUGGUGGGCGUGUCCUAUCAGAAUGUUAGCUCCACCUCCAUCCUGGUCAGCUGGACUCCGCCCCUUAACCCCAAUGGACGAAUCACACACUACACUCUCUACGGACUCAACCUGCACAGCAACCAGGCCCUACAGAGAAUUACACACAACACCAGCAUACUGCUUACAGGGCUGGAGAAGUAUACAGGUUAUAAGCUGCGAGUGGCUGCAUCUACUGCUGUAGGAGAGGGCUCUCUGUCUGACCUAGACGAUAUUUUCACUGUCACACCCGAGGAUGAACCUGACUCCCCUCCUGUAGGGUUAACAGUGGUAGACACUUCUCCCUCCACCACCACCCUCUCUUGGUCGCCCCCGGAGAGAGCUAAUGGGGUGAUCCAACAGUAUGAGGUCAUGUACAAGAACCAAUCAUAUGUGGCAGUGUUGAACAGCUCUGUCCCCAGAGUGACUCUGACAGGGCUAAGGCCAUUUUCAUACUAUAACAUCUCUGUCAGAGCAUACACACGCAUCGGACAUGGAAACCACACCUCAGACACACUCACUAUGCUGUCUGGGGAGGACGUCCCGGGUAGUCCUUCCUACGGCCUGUCCUACGUGUCUGUCAGUUCCAAUGAGGUGAACGUGACCUGGGAGCAUCCCCUGGUGCCCAACGGAGUUAUCACACACUUCAGCCUUGAGCUGCGAAACUCCUCCCACUUCCUCAACCUGACCACACCCAACAACCACGCCCAGAUCACACACCUGAGGAAGUUUGCGCAAUACACUCUGGUGGUGAAGGCACACACACGUAUUGGCUCCGGAAACCACAGCAGUGACCCUCUCAACAUCACCACUCUGGAGGAUGGUUCUCCUGACACUCUGACAUCACAGGUCAGGGGUCAGAGUAAGUUUGUUUCAGAACCAGACACUCCCCCUCAGUUUCUGCUAGCCAGGAAAUUGUCAGACUAUGAGGUAGAAUUGUCAUGGGAACCACCAAAAGAGGCCAACUCUGAGAUCCUCUACUACAUAGUCAGAGUCUGGAAUGAGUCGUUUGAGGUGUGGCAGAACGUGACAGAUACAGCUGUGGUUAUCAGUGUUGACUCAGAGAAUCGCUACAACGCCUCUAUCUCCAGCUGGACACGCCUGGGGGACGGGGGAGUCCUCAUAUACAUCAACUUCAGUAUUAUUGACGCAGUGCCGUUUGACCCUCCCCAGAAUGUGUCGUUAGUGAAUCUGACCUCUUCCUCUGUGACCAUGCUCUGGCAACCUCCCACUCAGCCAAAUGGAAUACUCCUGCACUACACUCUGUACUACUCAGACAAUACCACUGUCACAGAUAAGCAUAUCCCAGUGUCAGAGCUGGACCCUGUCUCUCCGGGGGAGGACCUGUCCUACCGUCUGUCUGGCCUGAGAGGAGGACAGAACUACAGCCUCUGGCUGACCUCCAGCACCCUGCAGGGGGAUGGGGGGGUCCAUACUGAUCCCUUAAACCUACUCACCCCAGAGGACGCCACCGGACCUCCAGCCCACCCUGCCUGUCCUGCCCUGCCAAGCCCAGCAGGUUCAGUCAGUCAUACUAACUCCCUGUCUCCCCCCACAGUGCCAAGUGAUCCGGUCCACAACCUCAGUGCUCAGAUCUUCAGUUCUACGGCCAUCAUAGUAAGCUGGGACCCCCCUAUGGAACCCAACGGACGCCCCUUCUACCUGCUCACCCUGCAGGAGGCUGGACACCCCCUUACCACUGAACCCCUGAACCCCCCAAACCAUAACAGCAACCCCCGCGGACCCCCCGCUGUCAACAAUACCAUCACCAAGACAACCAAUGACAACGUCUUCCUGUUUACCAAACUCAGGAAGUACUAUCCCUACAUCUUCACUGUUACCCCGGCAACCAGUGCCGGUCCCGCCCACAACCACACCAGCCUGCUGCACGUAAGGACCGAUGAUGAUAUCCCCAGUUCAGCUCCAAUGCUGGUGUCCAGUAGGAACCUGUCGUCCUCCUCAGUGUCUGUGGUGUGGCAGCUCCCCCUGGAGACCAACGGAGAGUUAACCGAGUAUUCCCUCACCCUGUUCGGCCCUGGAGGCUCCAACACCACACACACCCCCAACACCACCCUCACACUCACACAGCUGCUGCCCUACACUGCCUACAACCUCUCCAUCACCGCAGCCACCCGCAAGGGCUCUGGACCACCGCUACUACUGAUGCUGCACACAGACGAAGCAGGUCCGAUGUCUCCUCCCCGUAACCUGUCUCUGUAUAAUCAUACAGCCUUCUCUGUGUGGCUGACCUGGGAAGCCUCUCUGGAACCCAAUGGUGUGGUCACACACUACGGCUUCAGGAUCAUUGAGAACAACACAAACACACUCACAUACCAGAACUCUACAGGUCCGUGGACAGAAGGACAGCUGAGUGGGUUCCGGCCUCACCGCUCCUAUGAGAUCAGUGUGUUUAGCUACACCAGAGUGGGUCAUGGAGACCAGUACAGCACUCCUGUGUCUUUCACAACCAACGAGUCAGUGUCUGAGGCGGUGGGUAACCUGUCCUGCUCGGGUCUGAGCUGGGACUCUGUGUUUCUACACUGGGAGCCUCCAGCCAACCCCAAUGGACUCAUCCUGUACUACCAGGUCCAGGUGGACACACACUCAGACUCACAGGCAUACAUACACCAGGCUGACACAAACCAGUACACGGUCAGCGGGCUGGCGCCGGACGCAGAAUUCACACUCACCGUGACGGCUGUCAACUCUGCCGGCCCAGGAGACCAGAUCAACUGUACUGCCUACACACACCCCGAGUCAGUUCCUGGUGUCCCUCGCUUCCUGAGUGUGUCAGAGGCCACACCCACCAGCGUGACGCUCCAAUGGGCUCCUCCCCUCUCUGCUCCGGGCAUGCUCACUGAGUACCGCAUCACCGUGCAGCUGCUGUCACCCGACUGCCAGUCUGACACACCCCUAGCUGAGGCCACACACCUGCCAGAGCCUACCCCUGCCCUGGCUCCAGGCUGCGUGGAUCAGGAUGUGUUGGUGUCAGUGAAUGGUUCUGAUGGUGGUGAGGGCAACAGGAGCAUCACUCUCCAGUCUCUGGUCAAGUACCGCCUCUACCGCUUCAGAAUCACAGCCCUUACUAAUGCUGGGCCAGGAGAACACACACCCUGGAGAUACACACACACACUGGCUGGGAACCCUGAUGCCCCACCCAGUGACCUGUCGGUGACCAUGUCCUCCAACAGCCUCCGUAUCCAAUGGCAAGUCCCAGAUGUGAUCACCGGCCCCACUUCCUACCUCAUAGACGUCAUCUCUCUGGAUAGCAAGGGGUUAAACCAGUCUGUAGUACGAGGUCCAGAGGAGCUGAGGACCGUAGUUGUGACAAACCUGACUGCGUUCAGUCGCUACUCUGUGACCGUGACCGCCUUCACUGGACCACUGGAGAACGCACGGCGGGACGGACAGGCUACUGAGCCCACUGUCAUCAGAACAAUGGAGGAGGAGCCCAGGGAUCCUCCUAAGAACGUGACCCUGCAUGUGAUUCCAGAGGAAGUGACCCGUGUGUUUAUGACCUUUGCCCCCCCGGAGGAACCCAAUGGGAACAUAAGUUCCUACACGGUGCUUGUCUACCGCCAGGGCCAGCUAGAGAUGACCAUUAACCACCUCGCUGUGGUCAAAAAUAAGAACCGCACUCUGACCGCAGUCAUCGAGGGGCUGAAGGGAGGCUACAACUAUAGUAUACGGAUUGCAGCAGUAAACGGCGCAGGUUUAAGCCCCCCCAGCUCAGAGGUUCGGAUCACUACUGGAAUCAUAGCUCCUGCCAAGCCCACCCAGAGACCCCAGGCCGUGCUGGACCGAGGAGGAGUUGCCAUGGUAACCUCCAAGAGCAUCAUUGUCCGCAUGCCAGCCUGUUUCUACAGCGAUGACAACGGACCAAUCAGCAGCAUCCAGAUCAUUGUGUCAGAAUCUGGGGUGAUGGACAGCAGGAACCUGACCAACUGGAAGACCGCAUUCUUCUCUCGUCCCGCCCCCUACCUGACUGACAAUGGCUUCCCCAACCCACUCUGUGUGAGGGACCACGAGAGCAGGGACACACACACACAAACCAGCAGACGCACCAACUCACACAUUAGACACAGAAUUGUGAGGGACAGGGUGCUGGACCGUAGAGACCACCAGGAAGACCACUAUGUCAUCGGAGAGGAGGGCAACUGUCUGACUGAGGAGUACAGUAACACACUUUGUAACGGACCCCUCAAACCAAACACUGUCUACGUGUUUAAAUUCCGAGCCACCAACAUCCGAGGCCAGUACACAGACUCUGACUACUCUGAGCAUAUCAGAACCGCAGUGGAUGGGUUGUUGACCAGAGAUGAACAGAUCAUUCUGGGAGUUGUCCUCUCCUUCUUCCUAGCCGUGCUGCUCAUCAUCAUCAUCUAUGCCUCUGUCAGGAUCCGUCAGCGUCAGAAGGAGGGAGGGACCUACUCUCCCCGGGAGGCGGAGAUUAUAGAGACCAAGUUUAAACUGGAUCAGCUGAUUGCUGUGGCCGACCUGGAGCUGAAGGAAGAGAAGCUACACCGACUUCUCAGCUACAGAAAGUCUCUCAAGCCGGUCAAUAAGAGGUCUUUUCUGCAGCAUGUAGAGGAUCUGUGUGCUAACGAGAACGUCAAGUUCCAGGAAGAGUUUGCAGAGCUGCCCAAACUGCUGCACGACCUGGCUACAUCAGACGCUGACCUUCCCUGGAACAGAUCCAAGAACCGCUUCACUAACAUCAAACCCUACAACAACAACCGUGUUAAGCUGCUGUCUGAACCUGGCAUGCCUGGAUCUGACUACAUCAAUGCUAGCUUCAUCUCAGGCUAUCUGUGUCCCAGUGAGUUCAUAGCGACCCAGGGUCCUCUCCCCGGUACUGUGGCUGACUUCUGGAGGAUGAUCUGGGAGACUCGCACACAAACCAUCGCUAUGCUCACACAGUGCUAUGAGAAAGGAAGGAUCCGGUGUCACCAGUACUGGCCAGAAGAUAAUAAGCCGGUGACAGUGUUUGGGGACAUCAUCAUCACCAAGCUGACAGAGGACGUCUAUCCUGACUGGACCGUCAGAGCUCUCAAAGUGGAGAGGCAUGGGGACUACAUGGUGGUUCACCACUUCAACUACACCUCCUGGCCAGAGCAUGGUGUACCAGAGUCCAGCAGCACACUCAUACAGUUUGUUAGAGCCAUCAGAGCCAACAGGCAUGAGAACACCACUAUAGUGGUGCACUGCAGUGCUGGCGUGGGCAGGACAGGAGUGUUUAUAGCGUUGGACCACCUGAUUCAACACGUCAGUGAUCAUGACUUUGUGGACAUCUACGGUCUGGUGGCUGAACUACGCAGUGAGAGGAUGUGUAUGGUGCAGAACCUGGCCCAGUAUAUGUUCCUACACCAGAGUACUCUGGACCUGCUGAACAGUAAAGGAAACAGCCAAUCCAUCUGGUUCGUCAACUACUCUGCUCUGGAGAAGAUGGACUCACUGGACGCUAUGGAGGGUGAUGUUGAACUGGAAUGGGAGGAGACUACAAUGUAAAGGCUGAGAACUUCUUAGUCAACUUCACACCUGAUAAACACACCUAUUCUUGGGUCAUGGGGCCAAAUCCUGGACAUACUGACUGUUUAUCAGAUAGAUUGCUCCACCAGAGAUAGAGGGAGAGAAAGAGAGAGGGAGGGAGAGAGAGAGGAGAGAAAGAGUGAAAGAAGGAGAGAUAAGUUUGUAGUCCAAAAAGAGUAAUGCCUCCAGUUUCCUCCAGCUUCUUUGGGAACACAAGUUGCCCUUUUUUGGCAGGAGAGUCAAAACCACACAACAGAAACUUGGUGGUUCCCUGGCCUGAAUUGUCACACCAUUACAGCCCUUUUGGAGCCCUGCAUAUUUUCUAUGUCCACAGGCAGAAAAGAGAGGGAGAUACAUGUAUAUAUAGUAGGGCUGUCAGAGUUAACCAGUUAACUCAAGUUCACUUUUUGUAAUUUUAUUACACACAUUUCUUUGUAUCGCGUUUAAUUGCAUUGUCUGAAAGUGUUCAAAAUACACUGAAAACAUCAAAAAUACAGAAUCUAUACAGCUAGAAACCACAAUGUGAUGUCCAAACAAGUUAUCAAUUUACCUGAUUUUGCUUACCGUUACUUUGAAGAAAAUCAAGACAUCAAUAUUCUUGUAAUGCUUUUUGUAUAAAGAAUGUCAAUCUGAGCAAAUUCUGAUUUUGCGAUUAAUGGCAAUUAAUCACAGCAAAUCAUGCGAUUAACUCGAUUACAUUUCUUUCUUCAUUUGACAGCCCUAAUAUAUAGGCUAUAUACAGUAGAAGUCUGAAGUUUACA